AAGGCAGCUGUCAAGCGCACGUUUCGAGCAUGAGUUAGCUGGGCAGAGGCGAGCGAGGACGGAAGAGGGCGGGUUCCUCACCUCCGCGACGGCAGCUGCCGGGCGCCCCGCGCCGUGUUCCGAGAUACAAAGCCACAGUUGUUCCUGCACACCAUGUCACAAUAAUCUGCCACAAAACAGCUGCUGCACGUGGCUUUCUUCUGUCAUUGAUUCAUAGAAGAGAAAUGAUAAGCACAAAGUAGAGAUACUGCACUUUGGUGAACAGAGACUUGGGCAAUAUGUUCUGUACUAAACUGAAAGACCUGAAGAUCACCGGCGAAUGUCCUUUCUCCUUGCUGAGCCAAAGUGCCAUAUCAGAUGAAAAUGAGGAGGAAUGUGCUGAAACCCCCAAAAUUUCUAAAGUUCCUUUGCCAAUCUGCAGGGAGAAGGAAACUCAUGGGAACCUUCCACAAAGGAAAACCAGCAGGAGCAGAGUAUACCUGCACACUUUAGCUGAGAGCAUCUGCAAACUCCUAUCUCCAGAGUUUGAAAGGUUAUAUCUUGCAUUUCAAAGAACACUGGCAAAUAAAAGCAUAAAAGAAAUAAGGAAUAGUGGGGAAAAAGAAGACUUUGAAAAGCUAAUCACUGAUCAUGCAAAUGCAGCAGGAGUUCCAGUCAACAUUAUAAAGGAAUCACUUGGUGAAGAACUUUUCAAGAUAUGUUAUGAAGAAGAUGAACACAUUCUAGGAGUUGUUGGGGGGACACUUAAAGACUUUUUGAACAGUUUCAGUACUCUUCUGAAACAGAGUGCUCACUGUCAUGAAGCAGAAAAAAGGGGUAGACUUGAAGAGGUCUCCAUACUGUGCUUAGAAAAAGACUCAGAUUUCUUAAAUGUGUACUAUUUCUUUCCCAAAAAAACAACUAGCCUCAUUCUUCCAGGCAUUAUAAAAGCAGCAGCACAUAUUUUGUAUGAAACAGAAGUGGAAGUGAUGGUAAUGCCCCCCUGUUUCAACAAGGACAGCACUGAGUUUAUUAACCAGCCAUAUUUGUUGUACUCCGUACAAGUCAAAAGUGUGAAACUAUCCUUAUCACCAUGUAAACCCCAGUCUUCUCUUGUGAUUCCUGCUUCUAUGUUCUGCAAGACAUUCCCAUUUCAUUGCAUGUUUGACAAAGAUAUGGUUAUUUUACAAGUUGGAAAUGGUAUAAGAAGACUGUUAAACAGGAGAGAAUUUCAAGCAAAGCCAAACUUCGAUGAAUGGUUUGAAAUCCUGGCUCCUAAAAUAAAUUGCACAUUUAGUGGAAUCAUGACAAUGCUGAAUAUGCAGUUCACUAUAAGGGUGAGAAGAAGGGACAACACUCUUAAAAAGUCAACAGGGGUUAUGGAUCUUAAAGGACAGAUGAUCUACAUUUUUGAGUCUAGUGCCAUUUUGUUCUUGGGAUCUCCCUGUGUGGAUAGACUAGAAGACUUUACAGGACGUGGCUUGUAUCUUUCAGACAUUCCAAUUCACAAUGCACUUAGGGAUGUUGUUUUAAUAGGAGAACAAGCCAGAGCUCAAGAUGGACUGAAGAAAAGGCUAGGAAAGCUUAAAGCCACUCUUGAGCAGGCACAUCAAGCCCUUGAAGAAGAGAAAAAGAAAACAGUAGAUCUUUUGUGCUCUAUUUUUCCUGAGGAGGUUGCACAGCAGCUGUGGCAGGGACAAGUUGUACAGGCCAAGAAAUUUAACAAUGUCACAAUGCUUUUUUCUGACAUUGUAGGGUUUACUGCAAUCUGUUCCCAGUGUUCACCUAUGCAGGUUAUCACCAUGCUUAAUGAGCUCUACACUCGCUUUGAUUACCAGUGUGGAGAGCUGGAUGUCUACAAGGUAGAAACCAUUGGUGAUGCAUAUUGUGUGGCUGGAGGCUUGCAUAAAGAAAGUGAGACCCAUGCUAUUCAGAUUGCAUUGAUGGCACUGAAGAUGAUGGAACUGUCUGAUGAAGUGAUGUCCCCACAUGGAGAACCCAUCAAGAUGCGCAUAGGCCUACAUUCUGGCUCUGUCUUUGCUGGCGUUGUUGGUGUUCAGAUGCCACGAUAUUGUCUAUUUGGAAACAACGUAACACUCGCCAACAAGUUUGAGUCUUGCAGUGUUCCCAGGAAAAUAAAUGUCAGUCCAACAACCUACAGGUUCCUAAAGGAUCAUCCAGGAUUUGUAUUUACGCCUCGGUCAAGGCAGGAGCUUCCAUCCAACUUUCCAAGUGACAUUCCUGGGAUCUGUUAUUUUCUUGAUGCUUAUCUUCAAGGAACAAAUUCAGUGAUGUGGAUUCAAAAGAAAGAUACUGAAGCUGGAAAAACAAAUUUUUUGGGGAUGCCAACAGGAAUAGAUUAAAUUUGUGCUUGUUUGCAUUUCAGGAAGAAUGUAUUAAUAUUCUGAAUUUUGUAGAAACUGAAAAUUAAGAAAAACAAAGAAACAUGGCAGCCAGUAUGAAAACUACAAGAAUACAUCCCAUUUUACUUCUAAUGUUUAUUUAAAAACUGUAUUCGAUUAAUAACAGUUUGAGAAUGAGAGAAGGAGCAUGGCAGAUGAGGCACAGAGUGUUUUACAGUGGAAGGAGAACACCCAGCUGGCCAGUCGCCUCUUUCCUCUAGCUGCUUUGCCAAGCGUGAAUCUGAUAAGGCCCAGGAAACGUUUUUUUGCAGUUCUCCAGCCUUCUCAGAAGCUCUCCAGCCUUCUCAGAUUUUAGACAGCUUCUCAAGGGACCAUUCAGCAUUCUAGACAUGUAGUACCAAGCCACAGAUGAGCAGAAUGUGAUGUAGUUCAGUUCUUAGUGUACAGAAGUGAUAUAGUCAUGUGGAAUUCUAUUAAUAUCAGUUGCUUUUAGAUGUUCUUUAAGCUUUCUCUGGUUUGUCAGUGGUGGAGAAACAUGGUUCACAAUUGAUAUUGUUGGUGGGCCAUGGGAAGAAGUUUUAACCUCCCCCAGCAAUUUCAUCCCAUCUGCAUGUGACGCCCCCCAACCCUGUCACUGACCAGAAGAGCUCAGUUGAGUACCGUAGGAGGUAUGGAGGAAAGGGGAAGUAGCCACAAAUUAUGUUUAGCAUAUGUUGGGUGCCACUGCUUUCCUAAUCAAAAAUAAGAGCCUGCUUAAGCAUUACACAGCAUAACUUGCCCUGUGAGUUAUCUGUCGCUAAGUAUUCUAAAGUUUUCUGCACCAAUAGGCAGUGAAAGCUGAAAGAGGCAGAAAUCAAGAACACAAUGAAGAAGGAGCUGCUGGCUGAUUUGUGUCACUUUAUCUCUGUAAUGACCAAUUUUUUGUAAAUGCUUGGAGAGGUAGAAUCAAAACUGAUCCACCCCAUCUGGCUUGUUGUGCAAAUUAGCAAUGGGGAAUGAGAGAUCAACCACAUUGUUGAAAAACUUUGUUCAGAUGCAUGUUGGAUACUUGUGAGAACUAUCCUGUUUGCCUAAUGUAGGAUCCAGUCCUUUUCUGGUUGGGACACGGCGACCUUACAGCUCCUAAAACUUGAAGUAUGGAGCUGGGAUGUGUCGACUGGUAGAGGAGGAACACUGGAUCUGGUCUGUUGGACUGAUUAGUAGGAAGGCAAAAAUAUAAGCAGUCCCAGUUAAUGCACCCUCCAGUGCCUUUUGAGAUUCUUUGUGUUAAUUUAUUUAUGCUGAUAGUCCAUCAUUGCUGUUCUAAUAAUUAUUCAUUCAUCUUAAAGAAAAUUAAAGUAACUGAUUACAGUAUUUUAAAAUAAUCAGAAACUUGCUUCAUUUUAAUUCUUCCAGCACCAUAUCUCUGCACAUUUUGUUAUGUGGCAGAUUUUUGCAUGGUAGUGCAGUAUGCAUUGACAAUGUAUGACAUUUGCACUAGAUAAAUGUACAGUACAUUACAAAUCUUGUCCCAGCCCCCAUGCUUCAUGUGUGUACUGUAACAACCCAUGCAUUUGCACUAGCACCAACAAUGACUUGGCUGGAUUCUCCCCCCUCCCCACCUCUGCCUCCCCAAGCACCCUCUAGUUCUGUUAAUCAGCUAAGAGAUUCUGGGCAGAACUGCAAAACACUGCCUAAUUUGAAGUUUGACCUAGGAGGGAGAUUUCUCUUCAAGAACUUUUAUCUGUCCCAUCUUGGGUCCAAGUCAGAAAGUAUUGUCACUCGUGUGUGUAUGUAUGUGUGCGUGUCUGUCUUUGAUGUACAUAGAAGUCACUUAUGGAUGAGAAAGUCUUGCAAUUUUUUGCUCCAAAUGUGCAAAGAAAAGGUGGGAAGCUGUAAAAUAGCCAGAACUGUCCUAAAAUCCGUCACAUCCUGUAUUGGUGCAAUUUUGCAUCAAUCAAGUAAAAUAUUGUUCAGUGCUAACCAUGAACCAUUUUAAGCAUAAAAAUGCUUACCACAAGAAGAAAAUAGAAGUCUACAUCCCACAGUGACCAACUAAAUGUCUAAGCAAGCCCACAAGCCAGAUACAAGCACCACAUGAGUACCCUUCCAGUUGUGUUCCAAAACAACACAAGAGCCAUGCUGCUUUUGAUACUGGACAUAAUAGAGAGCCAUAAUGUGUAGUAGCCAUUCAUAGCCCUGUCUUCCAUGAACUUCUCCAAUCCCUUUUUAAAGUUGUCAAUUGCCGUAUCUUGUAGAAACAAAAUCCAUAUUUUGAUUAUGGGGUCUAUGUCCCGAAUCUGCUACUGCUCAGCUUCACUGGAUGAUCCUUGGUCCUCCUAUUAAGGCUCUGCACUGUGCAUAAUUGUAUGCACAUCAGUCAUGUCCUCUAAGCUGAAAAAUAUCUAAGUGUUGUAGCAUUUCCUCAUAGAGGAUUGCUUGAUUAUCCCAGUGGCCCCUUUUCACACAGUUUCCACACGGCAACAUCAUGGUACAUGGUAUUCCAAGUGUGGCAGCACCAUAGAUACGUAUAAAGGCAUUACAAUAUUGGCAUUCCACAAUUGCCUACAUCCUCUAUUGUUAUAAUUUGUGAAUAAUUUGUUUAGUUUCUUUUCAAUCUCCUUUUCCAUUAGUAUUGCUUAAUCUCCUUAAUCACCAAACAGUCCAACCAACUCCAUAGCAGUUUUCUUGCUUUAAUUAUUUAAAAGAGUUGUACUGUUAUCUGUAAUGUUAUUAUAGGUACAUUUCUCAAAAUCCCCUUUCCAUCCCUUAUUGCCUAUUUGUAUUUUAUUUGUGGUCAGUUGUUUUUCUUUUCAUUCUCAUUUGGGAACCUCUUCUCAUUCUUCUUGACAGUGAUAGUUAACCAUGCAGGUGACCUGCUGGACCAACUUUUCUGCUCUGUGGUCUACAUUCUAGCUGAGCUUCCGUUACUGUGGCUUUCAAGAUGUCCUCAUGCAUUCUGGAACGAUCUGGAUCUCUUGACUUGCCCUUUUACCUUUAUCAGUCUUUUCACUUUUAAGAAGUUUCCUUGGCAAUGUUGGACUUAGAUGUAAAUUAAAACUGAUGGCACAUUUCUAAUCUGUUUGGCAAUUUACAUCUCACACUAGAUCCUGGGUACCACUUAGGAUUAAGUAAAAGGUUGGCAUGCCUUUGGUUUGUUUCAUGACUAAUUGUAUUCUGCUUAGAGGGUCUUUGGGCUGAUUCAGUGGAUAAUAAGCACUUAAAUAAAUAAAUAAUUCUACAGCAGAGUUGUUAGGAUAUUUAGAAAUAUUCUUCAUCAUGAGUAGAAUGUGCUUUUAUUCAGUCUGUGUGAACGUAACCCUUACCAUAACACUUUGGGCUUCCUGCUUUCAUUCCCCCUCUCAUGAUUGCCAUGAUUAUUGUGGCAGGGGAAGGGGGAUGGCAGAUGCUAAUGAAAUGUCAGGACACUAAGCAAUUCACUUUGGUCAUAAUCCUGUGCACAUCCAGUGGGGGUUUCUUCUGAUUAAGAUCUUCAUAGGAUGGCUCUGCAUACAUGAUUAUCAGCCGUUUCCAGUGCUAGUACAGAUUAUGCCAUUCACUGCUUCCAGAACUUAUUCACUGUCUAUAAAUUAAAUAUAUGUAAUAUAUUGUAUAAUCAAAUGCUAAAACUUCUGUAGCUAAACAGCAUUUUAUUAAUUCACAUUAUAAAUCUUACUCUAAGGGGAGCACAUUUUCCGUUAUGUAUUAUAACAGUAUGUUUUCUUCUAGCUGAUAUUUAACUGUUUAAGUUAAAACAUGUAAACUGCUUCACAGUAUUAACCAUUUCUAAGACUGCAUAGCAUUCAACACAGAAAUGUGAGGAACUGAAAUGAGGUACAAAUUAUAUAUGUAUAUAUAGGCUUUGGAUACACUGUGGUUGUGUUUUGAUAUAUGAUGAGUUUAAUAAAAGGAAAUACACU